AGAGACCAUAAAAAAAGAGGACAAGAGUCCACUUGCCAUUUUCUAUUUGGAUAAGCAACUUUGGGUUCUGUGCAGCAGCCAUUUAUCCGCCAUUCUCAUCCCUAAUCCAAAUCUCGUCUGUCCUUCCCUUCCAAUCUCUCCUCCGGCGCCUACACUCUCCGUGAAGGUGUGGUGUAGGUGCUUGCUCAAUUGAUGCCGGAAAUGGAAGCCUCCUCCCACGAUCGACUUGGUUUUGGGAUGAUGGGUUACGGAUGCCAGCACUAUAGGAGAAGGUGCAGGAUCAGAGCACCUUGCUGCAAUGAAGUCUAUGACUGCCGGCACUGUCACAAUGAAGCCGCGAGCAUGCUCCGGAAUCCCUAUGAUAGGCAUGAGCUGGAACGGCAUGAGGUGAAACAAGUGAUCUGUUCAGUUUGUGACACAGAGCAACCAGUCGCUCAAGUUUGCUCAAACUGCGGUGUUAAUAUGGGAGAAUAUUUUUGCAGAAUUUGUAAUUUCUUUGAUGAUGAUAUAGAGAAAGGGCAGUUUCAUUGUGAUGAUUGUGGAAUAUGCAGAGUUGGAGGCCGUGAAAACUUUUUUCACUGCACAAAAUGCGGCUCCUGCUAUGCAGUUAGUCUACGUGACAACCACUGUUGUGUGGAGAACUCCAUGAAGCAUCACUGUCCCAUUUGUUAUGAGUACCUCUUUGACUCUCUGAAAGACACAACCGUUAUGAAAUGUGGGCACACAAUACAUUAUGAGUGCUUUAGUGAGCUGAUAAAGCGUGAAAAGUACUGUUGCCCAAUAUGUUCCAAGUCAACCAUAGACAUGUCGAGUAUUUGGAAAGAAAUGGAUGAAGAGAUUGAGCAUACAGUCAUGCCUGAAGAUUAUAGAGACCGAAAGGUUUGGAUAUUAUGCAAUGACUGCAAUGACACCACAGAAGUAUUCUUCCAUAUAAUUGGGCAGAAGUGUCGCCACUGUCAAUCCUACAACACUCGUACGAUUGCUCCUCCCGUGCUUCCCGAACAACACUAAUGUGCUUUGGCAGAUCGAUCGACUUCAGGUUUUUUGACAUCUCCUGGUGCCCCCAUCCAUGUAAAAAUGUAAAACCCAUUAAAGAAUGGCUGCUUUUUGCUGGGAUCCAUCUCAACAUUAUUCCCUCAUUGCAUUACAAAAGCAUUUAUCUUUUGAUUUACUGCAGUGAUUUUGAGCUGCACUAACAUUUGUAAUAUUAUAUUGAUCUUUUGCUCCCUCCCAAUCAUGUGAAGGAGCAAAUCCCAAAGUAUUUGUUGUGUGGUGUGGAGUGUCUUGACAAUAAAACCAUUAUGAAAUUUUACCCAUCUUUCAUAGACUAUGUUUUUCAUUCUACUACGAAUUAUUUAUUGGUGAUUAAAGGCUUGUUUGGAAA